AUGCUUUUCAAAACAUUAUCCAAUAUUUCAUCGAUCAAUCAAUUCUCAUCAUCGAUAGGUCAACAACAAUCACAAUCAAUGAAUUCAUAUGAUAAUAGUAAUAAUGGAUCACAUCAAUCAAUGAUGAAUAGCAAUCAAACAUCUGCAUUCUCUCGUCCAUAUUGGUGCAAAUGGUGA